AGAUUGAUGAUCAUCUCUUCACCGACCAACUAGGAGAUAAGGUUGAUUAUUAAGAAAAUAAAAAUAUAGAAUUGUCACUAGCCACUACACUCCCAACGAUGUCGGUGCCUACUCUUCCCUGCGACACGUUUGGCUCCACAUACGCCCUUUCCUCUUCUCCUUACAACCAUUUUACUCGUAUAAAGUUAAUUCAGAUAGGAAGGAAGAAAGACCGAGGAUCCAAUUCCAGUGAUUUCAUUAUAUUAUUACUCCAUUGAUCUGUAGCUUGCCCUUACCAUGGCCUCCAACACGACCACGAACCAGGUUAGUGAAAGAAAUCCGGAAGGUCUACCGGAGACAAUAGUGGAAACUGUGGAUUACCAGUAAUACCCAGGAAAAGACCCACAACAUGAACAUUUGAGGAAGGAGAACAUAGAGGUGAUCCAUCAGCUCCAGCCUGAUCACAAGGCUGGUUCAGCAUCCGGCGGCGGCGUUUUGUCCAGCGCUGCUGCCGUCGUCGCAAAUACCAUCCAAUCUGCUAAGGAUGCAGUUUCUGGCACCGGUACGACCACUACUGCAAAGCCUACUAGUCAGGGACAAACUAAGUGAUCCCAUUUCUCACCAUUGAUAAGCUCUGCCCGUCUUGUAAUAAAACUUAGAACAGAGGAACUCGCCUUCACCGAGUCUUUGAAUCAAUCAUGCUGGCUAUGUAAUAUUUAUCACUCUUCUUCGUUUUAGAUGUUUUUGUUUGACAAGAUCCCUCUUGUCUCGUUGUAAUUUGUAGUUAAGAUGAACUGUAGUAUCAACCAGAAAAUUUUCUCUUGAAAUGAAAUUCAACUCUGAAUCUAUGAUUUUGUCACCGAUAAGUUUGAUUGAUGCUGGUGUUGUUCUAUCCAUUUGUUAAAUCUGUAACUUUUAUCUUACGGAUUGUAGAAGUCAGAAAUUGAGAUUUGAAUGAACUGAAGCUCUCUCCCUGUAAGAAAAAUGUCGAUAAAAAAACUUUUUUUGAAUUGGGUUUGAGACUCUGUUCGGAAGCGAGAGCGGAAUAGAUUGGAAUUUGGGUUUCGAGUUGAUCCCAGAAAUAAUACCUGCCCUUCAAAUUUCCCGCUUAAAAUUCUUCUUAGAUGGCAACGGCUGCAAUCCUACCAUACCACCGAAUAACAAAAGAAGAGACAACAAGAGGAGGAAGAGAAUCCCCUUUAUUUACUUGUCCUUCUUCCCCGGAAUCCUAUUCUUCUUCUCCACAAUAUACCCUUCGAGGCAUGGAGGUCUGUUUUGUAUCUUUGCAACUCUUCUUUCCUCUGCUAUUUGCCACGUAGGAUUGGUUGUAGAAAUGGGUUCGGCUAUAUCUCGGCUUGUGAGGAUGCUCUUUGCAAAGCGGGAAAUGAGGGUUCUGAUGGUAGGUCUUGAUGCCACUGGGAAGACAACAAUUCUGUACAAGCUGAAGCUUGGAGAGAUCGUUACAACCAUACCCACCAUUGGUUUUAAUGUCGAGACUGUGGAUUACAAAAAUGUUAGCUUCACAGUAUGGGAUUUAGGAGGGCAAGAUAAGAUUCGACCUUUAUGGAGAUACUACUUUCAGAACACUCAGGGAGUUAUUUUUGUGGUGGAUAGCAAUGACCGAGAACGAAUUUCGGAGGCAGGAAAUGAGCUACAUCGAAUGGUCAGUGAGGUUAGUAAAGUUAGGCAGUCUCAGCACUGCUUAUUUGUAUAUUUUGCGGAGAGAGUACCCCGACCAAUUUGAGUCUGACCAAGCAUACAGAAAUCAAUCUGCUUACAACUCUCAUCCAAGCUUUACCCUUACCUGCCUAGUUAGAAAUACACCAGCUAGAUAACUAGCAUAAUCUGAUCAAAAUUAUCACUUCCUUUGGGACAUCUUAGUACAAAUGACCAACAAUAUAAGUUCAACAGAUAUGAUGUUUCGAGUUUU